UUUCAAAAAUCUCAAAAAGAAUUUAGUGUAAUUUAUAUUCUAUAGUUUUAAUUUUCCUCCGUUUGAUUGCUUCCGAACCCUUCUCGAAUCUUUGGGAUAAUUUUCGGAGGAUAUUCGGCUAUCGUUCGGCUUUGUUCUCAGCCAACAAAUUCAGUGUGAAAAAAAGAGUCGCGCUGGAGUUGGAUCUGUAGGAUAGGAACAGCUGAAUCUCCUCUAGUUAACCGGAUCUAAAAUUAGAAAAGUUAUUUAUAGUCGCUUGUUUGCACCAAUAGCGAGGAACAAGACUUGACUCUCGAGUUAGACCAUGGUGUAUAUCCAAGAUGGCUGCCAUAUCUAAGCGCUCGGGAAACAACUGGGUCAAGCUAAAUGUUGGUGGAACUUGCUUUUUGACGACGAAACAAACUCUAUGUAGACACCCAAACUCAUUUUUAUCUAGACUAUGUGCAGAGGAUCCUGAUUUACCCUCAGAUAAGGACGAGGACGAUGCCUAUAUGAUCGAUAGAGACCCUAGGUAUUUCUUCCCUGUGUUGAAUUACCUGCGGCAUGGAAAACUAAUAAUCGACAGAGAUCUCCACGAAGAAGGAGUCUUAGAAGAGGCAGAGUUCUACAGUAUAGAACCUUUGGUUAAGAUGAUUAAAGAGAGGAUAGAAGCAAGAGAAGCAAGCAGAAAAAUACCGCUUCAGGCUAAGAAGCAUGUAUAUAGAGUUCUACAAUGUCAUGAAGACGAGUUAACACAGAUGGUGUCCACAAUGUCUGAUGGAUGGAGGUUUGAGCAGCUUAUAAGUGUGGGCAGCAAUUAUAACUAUGGUAGUGAAGACCAAGCUGAAUUCUUGUGUGUAGUUUCUAAAGAUGUUACUGAUUCUGCUGAGCCAGGAGCUUCAGGAAAUAAACCAAAGGCUGAUAAAGCACCCCCGCACCUACAGCAGCGACCAUUCCGGCACAACUGAAGUCAUCUUGUGGGUUUAUAUCAUGUGGACUGGGAAGUAUAAUGUAAAAAAAAAAAUGAAAAACAUUGCCUAAAAAGAACAUGUUUACGUAUGCUAACCAGAGAGUCAAGACGUUAUGUAACAGAGAAGCAAAAUAUGUCAGGAAAUAUUAAAAUGAGGAAGAAAUGCCUUCUACACACAGAAAAAAACUGUGAAAUAUUACCCGCUAACUUUGCAGCCUUUUAGAAAGCAAUUAAGAAGUACAAACAGGCUCUGCCAUUUAGUGGUACAAAUGGAACAACUGAUAAGAAACUUAUUGGAAAAUAUAUUCGAGAUAUAUACGAAACCAUUAAUUUCAGUUUAAGCCUUGUAUUCUGGCCUUGGUUAUCUUACAGGCUACCCAAGGUUAUGUUAGUGAACAGCCAUGUACUAUAGUGAUGGCUUAUAAUAUAGGCCAUUUGUAGACCUUAAAAUCUGGAGGGGGAGUUGAAGGAAGUUUCAGGCAAUUUUAUUGAGAACUUGCAAAUUUUAAGGUUUAAAAAUCGCCUAUAUUAUUAGCCCUACCUAUAAUACAUUGCAGUUCACUUGCAUUGCGCUUGGGCUACCUGUGGUUAUCCUGUGAUAACCACAUAACAUAAUAACCACAUAACUCUUUUGUGUACUGAAUGGUGUUGUUUUUUCCCUUUUCGUUCUUAAAGUUCUGGUAAUAUUUCACGAAACAGGAUGCAGAUUUGACUUUAUGAAAAUGUUUAGACCAUUUAUAUUCAGAAUUGAAAAAAGUGAAAAUACGUCAAAAAGGAAACUCGUGAUGUGAAAGACUUAGAAUUGUUGUAUUUGUAUUAUUAUUUUAGUUUAAAAAGUCUUAUGCAUCAGCUACACCAGAUUGCAGCGCUAAAAUCUAUUAUUUAUCUAGCUUUUCUUUAUAUGAAAAAUUAUCAUUUCUAAAUCAAUGAAGAAAUCUAUCAAAUGUUAUCUGCACAGCGGUCAAACGUUCUGCGCAUGCACGAUAAGUACUAAAGCGUGCGCACGUGACACACUUUGCUUCCUGCGUCACGUGACAUGCCUAACUUUCUGUAUCCAUGUUAAAGAUUUUGAAACAGUCUUUGUUUUUCCCUUAUUUGUGUUGUCCACUGAUGAAUGUUUAUAAGUACCAAUUAUAUAAAAAGCGUGUCGCAUGCCUUCGUUUGGCAGCUGUACAGAUGUGAUCAGAUGUGACAAUAAAGAAACUAGCGCUUUAAAAA